GGUCACUGUGGCGUCAAAGCAUCAGUUCCCUUUACUGUUGUGCGGCUGUUGACGGCGAUGAUGGCUUUCUAACCUUCAUUUCUGCUGUACACACUUUCGCCGAUAUUCUUGUGCUCCAAUGACUGUCUUUCAUCUACUGUUCUCUCCUAGUUUACACACUUCCAACGUUGUUUAUAUUUAUCUACCCAUGUAUGCUUCUCAGUAUCCGCCCCUUCUGUUCCUGGAUACCACAGACCUGUGAAGCAUCAUCCAGUUUCCUCUUCGAUUCUCGUCUUCUAGCUCCUCUUUUUACACAAAACAUGGUGGGGUUAUGAGUGUCCAACAUGCCGAAUGCGUGAAACCCCUCAUCCACUGAUGCGGGAUAGUUGACGGCUCUUUCUUGGCGCAUUCAUAUCUGUAAUGUCGGAGGCUGAUAUUGACCCAGAAGGGCGACAGGCAGAAAACUGGGAGGCUUCUGUGAACCAGAUAGAAGGAUUAUUCUGUGCUACAGUCAACGCCGGAUCCCUUAUUACCGCCGAUUUCGAUUACACUGCUGCUCCCAUUUACUCUUUGAUUGACCAGCUACCAGAUGUCGAGUCUCGUCACAAGCUGACAAAUUUGUUGACACGCUGUCUCAAUGACCGUGCGCACUAUGAAUCUCUUUAUACAAAGGCCGAAUUAGAAGCCCAUAAUGCCAGAGAACGUCUGCAAAGACUGGAAAUGGAGUUGGAAGAUUUGAGAAGCGCCACUGCUCUCAUGGUUGCAGGACAGGAUGAUGCAUUUUAUAAUCUAAAGCGGCGCUAUGAUGAGGAAAUUGCUUCACUUCAGUCCAUUUCUAUGCAGGAGGUUGCUGAAAUUCAAGCGGCUAGCCAUAGGGCACUCGAAGAAGAGCGCACUCGUUGGGCAGCGGAACGUGAUGCAUUACUAGCUCAUCUAAACGCACAGCAAAACACCCAUCCCUCUGAGAAGUCAAGGCCGGUUUCAACUUACCAGAGUGAUCGCUCGGGGACCCAAAAUUUGACCACUCAUGCGCUCGAAAUGGUCGAAAAGUUAACUCGCAGGGUCAAAGGACUGACCGGCGGUGAGAUGAAUACUUCAAAUAAUGGCCUAUCCAAUGAUUUUGGAGUCGAUCCUAUGCCCUCUAGCUAUCCGGACCAUGGUAAAGAAACCUACAUAGAACGGUACGAAAAAGAAAUCGCCCGUCUACGUGGAAUGUUGGAAGAUUUUAUGAUCCAAAAUGAAACCGGUUUACAUGACGAAGGUGAGGCGCUCGGUGUAUCUAGCCAAGCGGUCAUCACACCGUGUGAUCUUUCUGUGAGUGAACAGGCAACCGUGCCGAACAUUGCAGAGAAGGCGGUGUGUGAUGUCGAUGAUAUCGCAUCUAAAAGCAGCCCGAUCACUGAAGUAUCUUGGAUUCAUUUACAGUCGACUACGAGAGGUGAUCCGAAGCGCUCCUCAAUCGAAUGUGCCAUGUGCAGUAAUUAUGAGCAACGGUUGCAGAAUCUUCAAACAGACAGGCUGCAAUCAGAAAAAAAGCUGAUAACUCUGUCCGAGGAACUGGCUGUGAAAUCGUCCGAAUGUGCUCAGGCCGUGAGGCACAGUGUCGAUUUGGAGGAACAAUUGAAGGUCUGUGCCGAAAAGCACGCGAAAAGGAUUGAACAGUUGGACGCAACUCUCGUUCGGCUGAGCGAACGCUUGGAUGUUCUCCUUGUCAAUUCUAAGUCUUAUCAGCAAUUCACAGAAAACGAGCUGUCACGAUUGGCUGAUGAGCGGCAGACAUUGGUCGCUGAUUUUCAGCUUCUUCAGUCUCAUUACGAUGCGCUACUGGACAGAAGGUCAAGGGCGGCACUUGAGCUCAGUGAGCAGCCAAUCCAACUACCUUCAGACAAAGCCGACCUCGAGCUUUUGGCUCUGCGGUUAUAUGAGGAGAACUGGUCCAUACGCGCUGCUCGUGAUCAUUUGGACGACCUGAUGAAAAGCGAUUCACAGUUUCUACGGCAUCAAAUAUCCGCAGAACGUCAAGAGAGAGCAGAUCUUGAGAAAUCACAUCAGCGGGAGUUAGAUGAAGUGAAUGCUCGUCUUGCUUCAUUGAGUGACAUAGUGCAACAACGUGAUCGAGAGGUCGCUGCUCGCGAUAAGCUACAACACGAAGUAGCGCAACUAAAUGCUGAGUUAGCUGAGGUUCGGAGCAAGUUGUCAGUAUCAGAGAUGGAGGCAACUGAAGCCCGUGCUGAAGUGACUACUUUACAGCAGCGUCUGGUAUGUCUUCAGACCGAUCUGGAUAACGUGGAAUCCGUUCAGGCCGACUUUGUCCGACUCUCCCAAAACCUGCAGAUUCAGCUGGAGCGACUACGACAACAAGAUCACGAGGUUCGAUGGAUCGAUCCAGAGGACAUAACUACUUGUUCCGCUUGCGAUACUAUUUUCCCUUCCGGUUCAGCCGGUAUUAGUCAGAAAGCAAACUGUCGGCACUGCGGCAAAGUUUACUGCCCCAACUGUCUGCAAAAUACUGCCCCGUCAGGUCCCACCGGCCGACCAGCCAGAGUCUGUGAUUUUUGUCAUACGCUACUCAAUAAACACGUGGCUCCCUACUUUUCCACUGGAUUCCACCGGGAUUCUUCAAUAGGCACACAAUCCCUGACUAGAUCUCCAAGAAGCAGUAUGUAUGCUUCGAACUUGCACUCUCCGAAACAAUCUAGUUGUGUCAACAAGCCGGCAGAUUCGCCCACUUCCGACAACACAUGACCUGCAUCUGUCCGUCGGCCCUGUGAGUUAAUCGCCUACACGGGUGUGCCUCCUCACUAUCAGUGCUCGCUCUCACACACAUUUUCGCACACAUUCCCCAACUGCGUCCGAGCACUCCCACUUCUUCCUACCAUCACAUCACGAUCAUGCCUGUUUGCCUCUUCCAUCAGUUUCUUUAGAACGGGCCACAUACUUCCUUUUAUCAUUCUGUCUCAGCUCAAUAAUACUUCCUGUUGCCCCCACUUCGUCUUUCACCGUUCUCUUUUUGCUUUGACUUGUGGUUUUGCAUAGGCGAUCCACUUGCAGACCUUAUUCCAUGACAACGGAUUAAUCGGUUUUUUCUUCUUCCUGGUCAGUGAACAGCACUUUGCGCCAACUCGCCUUACUUGUUACUUAUGUAUCAAAUGUAUUGGUCAAGUUGUGUCCGUUUUUACCCAGUUACUUCUCAAUGCCACUGUAAUGGGACUGCCUUAGUGUAUCUGAGAUUUACAUCAUAAUACUUCAUUCUUUUCUUGCCCACUGACUUUUCAAAAGUUCGUCAACACUGAUAGACAGUUUAUGUCCCAUGAAACGGUCCACCAAAGAUCAUUCCCUGUACUCAUUACUUGAAUUUCCACACACGCCGACACAAUCGACACUAUUAAGCAGGAACCGAACUGCCCUACCUUUACUUCUUAGCUCGGCUGUAGAAUGUGCACCACCUAACCACUUUCUUGUUUCUGUUGGAUUCGUAUUCUCGAUCUUAAUUGACCCCAAGAGCGUAGUACUUUGGGAUUGCUACCAUCUUUAAUCUGCGCAGCUUGGAGUUCGGUGGGUCUCAGUGAUUACGCACAACUUGACUGUUUACCCUUCAUUUUUCAUUUCACAUCCAAUGUCCGUUUAUUACACUCUCAACCACUGCGCGAACGACAACUUCUACAUGGACCCAUAUUAACCGGUAUUUCUACUGGUAGUUCGCUUCUAGGUUGUUGUUCCAUUCUAAACAUGACUUUCAGACACUGAGGC